AUGGAGCCGGAGCUUGUAUUUGUGAUAGAAGCACUAAUGGCGAGAGGUCACCACAAUGUGCUGCCAAAUAAGAUAGAUUCGUUGUUUGUUUAUCGAAACAUUGCUAAAGGAGAUUCGUUGUUGGUUAUCGAACAUGCUAACGAGAGAUGGAAAGUGGAAGAAGAAAGGUUGAAGCCCUAUGUUGAGUACUUGUUGAAGAAGGCAAUACUCUUUGAUAAGAUCACCUUCAUUCACAUAGGAAGAAUCUAUAACAGAAUUCCGGAUGCCUUGGCAAACUUAGCAUCAGCUUGGCAGGACUUAAGUAAAUUCCUAAAGAAGCCAUUUAUCAUUACUACGGCAAAUAUCCCGUGCUAUGAAGAACAUUUUGUGAAUCGGGUGGAGUCGGAGGAAGAACCCUGGUUUACGGAUACCCUGCGGUACAUGAAAGACGGAACCUUUUCUGAUAAUGCAACAAAGGAAGAUCGUUCGGUCCUACGAAAAAUGGCUCUAAAUUAUGUCCUGGUUGAUGGUGAACUUUAUAGGAGGGCUUGGGACGGAAUGUUGUUAAGAGCGUAA